CUACACAAGUAGUCAGAUGUCCUUUCGAGAGAGACAGAGAAACAGAGCGGGAGAGAGAUGCAGAAGUACUGGUGCGUGAUUUUUGUUCUUUUUUCAGUGCUUGUCCAUGCAAGUUCACGCGAAAUGCCUAGUAAUGGUGGUCAUGACGACGUCCAAACACUACUUAUGCAUGCUAGUGCACCAGAGGCGGCAGAGUCCCAUAGCGUCACUGGCGUUAGAGACAAGAAGAAUUUUAUAUACGGAGGUGUUGGUGGCUUUGCGGGGAUGGGUGGUUUUGCGGGAGUUGGGCCGGGUGUGCUGCCAAUCCUUGGUGGCGGCGUUGGGGGUGCAGCUGGUCUCGGUGGUGCCGGCGGUCUCGGAGGUGUUGGCGGUCUAGGUGGUCCUGGUGGCUUAGGUGGCGGAGUUGGCGGUGCCGGUGGCCAGGGUGGUGCUGCUGGCGGUCCGGGACUUGGUGGUGACCAUGGUGGAGUUCUCCCACUUCCUUGAGUUACCUACGGCAGUAGAUUUUCCAACAUUUUGAUAACGAUCCGUACGUAGGGUGGUCUUUUUUGACCAUGCAGCUUGUGUGUUUAUUUUAUGUUGGUUUUUUAUUAGCACCUCUAAGUGUGUUCAUUUUGGCUGCUUCUCAUGACAUGAUCGGUUGCCGAUCAUGAUGACAGUCGUAUUAGUGUCUGUAUCUGGCCUAUUUCUUGUUUUAAUCCCAAUCGUAGCUGCAAUUUUCUCCUUUGA